UCUUGUCUCUCGAAUCUUGUGCAAUUACCUGUCGAAUGUCGAAGAAUGUCUCGCAUCUGGAUUUGUGUACCGAGCUCUUAACGUUUGUCUGCCGAUCCGCGAGUGCCAGUGUCUGUCGUCGUCGAUCAACUUGACCUUUUCUGUUACAUAUUUAAUAGCGGAAAUAGUUUGAAUUCCGCAUCAACCAUUGAAAACCAUAGAAACCCGAUUGAAAUCAUAAGAUAAUAAGAUGAAAAUGCCAUCACCCCUGGUGAUCUCGCUGAUCGCAGUGCUUUAUCUCUGCCUGAGUCCAAGCAUAAUUGCCCAAGACUCUGAGCUGGCGGAACGCAACCACAAGAAACGCCAAAUCUAUCGGGAGCAAGUCUUGCCACAUGCGGGCGGCAAGAUCCCAGACACCGCCUUCGAAACGGAUCGCUUGUUUCUCAAUCGCCUUCAAAAGGAGGGCAUCGCAGUGCCCGAUGGCAUAGUGCCCGAGCAGCGGAAUCCACAGGUUUAUCAAUACUACAGCAAGCCCAUGCGCACCGUCUUCCACAUCGCCCUCAGCUCGGAUGGCAGGUUCACGCCGCGAGAGGGUCGGUAUCACUACCGCCAGGUGCCAACAGUGGAGACGACCUACCUGUAUCCGCAGGCGGUGGGGCGCCAGCACGUGGUGGUGCCGCCAAAGCAUGCCCUGCCUGUCUACCGACAGCUCCAGUUGCACAAUCCCCUGCUCAACCAGGUCAAGUUGCAGCCCAAGAAGAUGCCAAAUUUUCUGGACCUGGCCCCAACGGUCGGCAAGAGCCAGACGAACCCACUGGCCGGAUCGGCCAAGGCGCAGUCGUAUCAGAAUGUGAAUCUCCGGCAUGGUCACAGUCCGGUGCUGCCGGCAUUCAAAAAGACCUCCCGGGGCAGCAAGACCUAUGUGGACAGCUAUGGCACAACCCAUCUUUACAGCGAGUUUGACGAUUUGCUGAAGAAACUGAACCUGCCGCAAAUGGCCCGCAAGAAUUAUUAGUUUUUAGAGUUAUACAUGAGCGAUUUUAGUAGAAUUUAUGUGAAUAUACUUAUGGCACAUUAUGUUCAUCUGUAGCUUAAUUUGAGGUUUACGAGACGUAACCAUUAUCUAACCAACUGCAUAUCAUUUCAAAACAUUUG